AUGUCACUAUCUCUGACACCCAAUGCCAAUAUCCCUAUCAUCCCUAUGCCACUAUCACUGACACUCAAUGCCAAUAUCCCUUACGCCCCUAUGCCACUAUCACUGACACUCAAUGCCAAUAUCCCUAACGCCCCUAUGCCACUAUCACUGACACUCAAUGCCAAUAUCCCUUACGCCCCUAUGCCACUAUCACUGACACUCAAUGCCAAUAUCCCUAACGCCCCUAUGCCACUAUCACUGACACUCAAUGCCAAUAUCCCUAACGCCCAUAUGCCACUAUCACUGACACUCAAUGCCAAUAUCCCUAACACCCCUAUGCCACUAUCACUGACACUCAAUGCCAAUAUCCCUAACGCCCCUAUGCCACUAUCACUGACACUCAAUGCCAAUAUCCCUAAUACCCCUAUGCCACUAUCACUGACACUCAAUGCCAAUAUCCCUAACGCCCCUAUCACUGACACUCAAUGUCAAUAUCCCUAA